GGUGGGCAAAGUACCCAGCUGCACACUGAGCCGCCCUUCCCCGCGAGGCCGCCUACGGCUGAGGCCGCGGCGGCGGCCCGGCUUGGUUUCCAUGAUGAUGGCUGCCUGGCCGAGGCGACGGCUGCUGCUGCUGAGGAGGCGUCAAGCGGCAGCCCGGUUGCUGGGCGUCCUGUGGCUGGCGUGUGUCGCCGCGGAGGGCGUUGCCGGCGGGGAGCCCCCGCUCAAGUGCGACGAGCUGAGGCUGGGGCAAUAUAUUUGUGAAGAUCCCAAAAUAGACAAUAGCACACAAGAACCACUGAAUUGUACAAAUCACACAGCAAACGUUCCUUGUCAUCCAGCACCAAAUAUUACUUGUAAGGAUCACAGUGGCAAUGAAAACAACUUUACUGGAAAGGAAGUUGGAUUUUACAAACCUAUUGCAUGUCGUAAUGUAAAUGGUUACUCAUACAAAGUGGCAGUGGCUCUGUCUUUAUUUCUUGGAUGGUUGGGAGCAGAUAGAUUUUAUCUUGGGUAUCCUGCCUUAGGUUUGUUAAAGUUCUGCACUGUAGGGUUUUGUGGAAUUGGUAGCCUAAUUGAUUUCAUUCUCAUUUCAAUGCAGAUCGUUGGACCUUCCGAUGGCUCUAGUUACAUUAUAGAUUACUAUGGAGCAAGGCUUACCAGGCUGAGUAUUACCAAUGAGACAUUCAGAAAAACACAGACGUAUCCUUAAGUCUGGCAGGAAGUGUCGUCUACACACAGAGACCUCUUUCAAACCCUUUGCAUUUACUGAGAGGAAGACGUACGGAAAACGUAAUGGGAAGCCACUAUCUGCUAAGGACCUGACUGAUACCAACGUCUGUGUGACUGACUGUCCCUGCAUAGUCUGAAGAGAGCAGGACUACGCCACUGUAUGGAUUGCAUUGUCAAUAGUGGAAGCCGGGGAAAGAAGGAAUCUUUAUCUUUCAGGGCUGUCAUUUCAUGAUCUCAUCCACUAUAGCCCUAUCAAGAGGAUGAUGUGCACCACUUUUCAGUUAUUUUGUUAAAUAAGUAUGAGCAAUGAACAUCAUGCUAACAGACACAAUUCCUGGUAUCUCAGACAGUAUCUUGAAUUUAAAAGCAUGUGGUAAUGUAAGUGUGUAUCUGGGAGGUAUGGGGGCUGGGAUGAAAAGUGACUGACUUGACAUUCGCUGUCUUUCUCCCAGCUCCUUUGCAAAAGUAGGAACAGAAUCAGAAUAAAAAAUGUUUGUUUUACAGCUGUACCAAGUUACAGCACACUC